GGCAGGGGUAGAGUGGCAGCUGAGGCAGCAGUCCUUGACUCUGUGGCUGUCAGGGUGUAUGUAGGACGGUUCUGAGCCCACCAGCCAUGGUGCCUCCCCUCUCUUGAGGGUGCUUCGGGUGCCCUGGCGGUCAAAGCGGCCUGGAGCCUCUCUCCGGCCCGGAGACGGCCUUACAGUCCGGAUGCGUCCGGAGGGCGCGGGAAUGGAUCUUGGCGGCUGCGGCGGCGAGGAGCGUCUGCGGGAGGAGAGCAGGAGAGAGCACUGGCAGCUGCUGGGCAAUCUGAAGACUACUGUGGAGGGUUUGGUGUCAGCCAACUGCCCCAAUGUCUGGUCCAAGUAUGGUGGCCUGGAGCGGCUUUGCAGGGACAUGCAGAACAUCCUUUAUCAUGGGCUCAUCCAUGACCAGGUAUGUUGCCGCCAAGCUGAUUACUGGCAGUUUGUGAAAGACAUUCGGUGGCUCAGCCCGCACUCAGCCCUUCAUGUUGAGAAGUUCAUCAGUUUGCAUGAGAGUGGCCAGAGCGACACUGACAGCGUGAGUGAGCGUGCGGUCGCAGAGCUGUGGCUGCAGCACAGCCUGCAGUGCCACUGUCUCUCAGCCCAGCUCCGGCCUCUGCUUGGGGACAGACAGUACAUCAGAAAAUUCUACACAGAAACUGCCUUCCUGCUGAGUGACGCCCACGUCACAGCCAUGCUCCAGUGCCUGGAAGCAGUGGAACAGAACAACCCCCGUCUUCUGGCUCAGAUCGAUGCAUCCAUGUUUGCCAGAAAGCAGGAGAGCCCACUGCUGGUCACAAAGAGCCAGAGUCUGACCGCUCUCCCUGGUUCCACAUACACCCCUCCAGCUAGCUAUGCUCAGCAUUCCUACUUCGGGUCAUCCUCCAGCCUUCAGUCCAUGCCACAGUCCAGCCACAGCUCAGAGAGAAGAUCUACUUCCUUUUCGCUCUCUGGCCCUUCCUGGAAACCUCAAGAAGACAGGGAAUGCCUCUCACCAGCAGAGACUCAAACCACGCAAGCUCCGCUGCCUUUAGACUCCACUCUAGCCCAGGGUUCCCCACUGACCGCACAGGAGAUGAGCUCCAGCUCUCUGACUAGCCCCCUAGAGGCAUCCUGGGUCAGCAGCCAAAAUGACUCCCCAAGUGAUGUCAGUGAGGGGCCCGAGUACCUUGCCAUCGGCAACCCAGCCCCUCAUGGUCGGACUGCCAGUUGUCAGAGUCACAGCAGCAAUGGUGAGAGCAGUAGCAGCUCUCACUUGUUCUCCUCCAGCAGCUCUCAAAAGCUGGAUUCUGCCGCCUCUUCUGUAAAAGUCAAGGGUUGGUUUGGUUUUUUUUCCCCUCUCUCUAAUCCUGUUUGUUCUGUCUGGAUUCUCCUCUGCACCUCUUUACCUGCAGGAGGCCCCAGGAAUAUCACCAUUAUAGUUGAAGAUCCCAUUGCAGAGGGUGGUCAGUACCUCUGCUCAGGAGAAGGCAUGUUUAGAAGACCAUCAGAAGGACAGUCCCUCAUCAGUUACCUCUCUGAGCAAGACUUUGGCAGCUGUGCAGACCUGGAAAAGGAAAACGCCCACUUCAGCAUCUCCGAGUCCUUGAUUGCCGCCAUCGAGCUGAUGAAAUGCAACAUGAUGAGCCAGUGUCUAGAGGAGGAGGAAGUAGAGGAGGAAGAUAGUGACAGAGAGAUCCAGGAACUGAAGCAGAAGAUCCGCCUUCGGCGCCAGCAGAUCCGCACCAAAAACUUGCUCCCUGUGUACCAGGAGACUGAGAAUGGAAGCUUCCGGGUCACCUCCAGUAGCUCCCAGUUCAGUUCACGUGAUUCUACACAGCUCUCAGAGUCCGGCUCUGCUGAGGAUGUUGAUGAGUUUGAAAUCCAAGAUGCUGACAUCCGGAGGAGUGUAGUCUCAAACGGCAAAUCAUCCUUCUCCCAGAAUUUCUCGCACUGCUUCCUACACUCCACAUCGGCUGAGGCAGUGGCCAUGGGGCUUCUGAAGCAAUUUGAGGGGAUGCAGCUUCCAGCUGCCUCGGAGCUAGAGUGGCUAGUCCCGGAGCAUGAUGCUCCACAGAAGCUCCUGCCUAUCCCCGACUCCCUGCCCAUCUCACCAGAUGACGGGCAGCAUGCGGACAUCUACAAGCUUCGGAUCCGUGUCCGUGGCAACCUGGAGUGGGCUCCACCCCGGCCUCAGAUCAUUUUUAACGUUCACCCAGCCCCAACGAGGAAGAUUGCUGUGGCCAAGCAGAAUUACCGCUGUGCAGGAUGCGGCAUCCGGACCGACCCUGAUUAUAUCAAGCGGCUGCGGUACUGUGAGUACCUGGGCAAGUACUUCUGCCAGUGCUGCCACGAAAACGCCCAAACAGUCGUCCCCAGCCGCAUUCUGCGCAAAUGGGACUUCAGCAAGUACUGUGUCAGCAACUUUUCCAAGGACCUGCUCCUUAAGAUCUGGAAUGAUCCUCUCUUCAAUGUUCAGGACAUCAAUAGCGCCCUCUACAGGAAGGUCAAGCUGCUUAACCAAGUGCGGCUACUGCGGGUUCAGCUGUACCACAUGAAGAACAUGUUUAAGACAUGCCGACUGGCCAAAGAGCUCCUGGACUCCUUUGACGUGGUUCCAGGCCACUUGACAGAGGACCUCCAUCUGUACUCGCUGAAUGACCUGACUGCAACCAAGAAGGGAGAACUGGGGCCCCGGCUGGCGGAGCUCACCAGAGCUGGAGCCGCCCACGUAGAGAGAUGCAUGCUGUGUCAGGCCAAGGGCUUCAUCUGUGAAUUCUGCCAGAACGAGGAUGACAUCAUCUUUCCUUUCGAGCUACAUAAGUGCCGGACCUGUGAAGAGUGUAAAGCGUGUUACCAUAAAACCUGCUUCAAGUCUGGAAGCUGCCCCCGGUGUGAGCGGCUGCAGGCCCGACGGGAGUUGCUGGCCAAGCAGAGCCUGGAGUCCUACCUGUCUGACUAUGAGGAGGAGCCCACAGAAGCCUUGGCUCUAGAGGCCACCGUCCUAGAGACCACCUGAGGAAUGCACCUACGCCCUUUGUCUAAGGGUCUGGCUAGGGUCAGAUAUAGACUGAGCCACGCCUUCAAGGAAGGUGGGGCCUUUUAGAAAUAUAUAUAUUGUCAUUUUUUAUGACUUGUCUGCUGUCCAGGUGUAGGCAACCUUUAUUGGUUGAUGGAUCCAGUCUAUGGUGACAGAUAUCUAUGGGCAUUGGGUAUUUUCAUCAGAACUGACACGUGGAGUGCCUCUUGUCAGGGAAUGGACAUCGAGACCCAGUUCUGACAUGCUUGGCCUCUUCCACUAGGACCAGAUCUGGUGACAGCUGCAGCUAAAGAUUGUUCCCGCUGUUGACUCAGUUCCUCACCGUCUGAGCCAGGCCUUUCUCAGCCAACCGCCUCCUCCUUUGCUGCUGAAACAGGUGAAUGGUCUUGUCUCAUUCCUAGUCCUGAAAGAGAAUAAGACUAUACCUUGAGGCAUGGGAGAGAAAGGGGGUACAUUCCAGGCAUUCUGUCUGAUCACCUAGGUAUACAGGGGGCAGGGCAGGUAGGAACAGAACCAUCUUUGUUCUAGAAUCCUCGGGGUCUCAAGGGGCAACCAUGGCUCCCUGUUUCAGAUAUUCCUGGCAUAGUUGGGCACAAGCUUGUUUGUGUACUCUGGUGGGCUUGGAGCAAAGGGCCAGGCCACAAGCAUAAGUGCAGCUGCAACUGGUGCUUAAGGAGCGGUUUUUUCAGAUAGAAGAGCGGACAGUCUCCUCUGGGGUGAUCAGUCUCUCAGUUAACUAGCUUGAGUGCAGGUGUGCUUCAUGCUCAGGCAAGUCCCUGAUGCAGCCUAAGGGGAGGAUAGAAACCCCACCCACCAUCUUAAUAGUGGGGUACUUACUACUCUGUACGACUAUGUGACCCUUGUGGUUCUAAGUACAGGUAUGACCCAACUCCAUUCUCUGUCCCUUCCCCCAGCACAGCUGCGGCCCUUCCUCCUGGCUGAUGUCUUGCCUUAGUUUCUCUUCUCAGAGUUGGGGGAAGCUGGCCCACUAGAAGCACUGGAGCACUUGGCAGUUUGUGAAUGUAUCUGUUUGCCCAGAGUAACAGGAGCCUUUAUGCAGUUAACUAACUCUUUAGCCUUCGUAAUGUAUAUCGAACCAUCCAUUUCAUGCUACUAAUUUUAAUAGUCCCUUCCCCUGUCACCUAAUGUGCAUUUUUUUGUGGGAGGUGUCCUGGACUAGGCUGCACAUGAUUGUGGUGGCAUUUGAGUUGCUGCAGCAUCUAACCUUGGUAAACACUGGUCAGGGUUGCCUCUCAGAGCCGGGCAGUUCUGUGAACUAAAAUCCACAGAGCUCUUGUUCUGGAGCUGGCCGGUGUCUUCCUGGACUGGGCUGCUAGUAAAAUCAUUGGUCCAGCUGGGCGGUGGUAGCACAAGCCUUUAAUCUCAGCGCUUGAGAGGCAGAGACAGGUGGAUUCUAAGGCUAGCCUGGUCCACAGAGUGAGUUCCAGGACAGCCAGGGCUAUACAGAGAGACAGAGAAACCCUGUCUCGAAAAACCAAAAACAAAAAAAUAUAUAUCAUUGGUCCAGGCAGUGCCCCAAGACAUCAGACAGAGUUGCAUGUUGUUGGUGGAAGCUGGCAGGUAGCUGAGCUUAGAGGGAACAAGGGAUCUCCUGGAGAGGCAGAGGGGACAUGACCUAACAGCCAACAGCUGUAGCAGAGCUGGAGGGAACAUGUCAGGCCAAUUCCAAGGUGUGGCUCCUUUGCCUCACACUUGGGAUCUGACAACUACAUAGCUGAAUGACCAGGACUGCUCUCAUUAGAUGGAGGAGGCAGAGAGCCGAGGCCAAAGCCAGUUCUGAAGAGCUGGUUAGAAAUCCCUUCCAAGUCAGUUAUCACUGAGUCAGACCUUAGAGUCAGACUCGGACUCCAGUUCCUGGCUGACUUCCCGUCCAGCUGCUCAUGGAAGUCCCCACACUGGAGACUUCCACCCAUGUUCUCAGUCAGCACAGGCUCAAGCACUCUCACUGACUUUCCUGUUCUCCCCUCCCCCUCCCCAUCCCUCUAGACCUUUUAGAGCUCCUGAGUCCGCUGUCAUUACUGACCUAGUACCCAUGUUUGUUUAUUUGGGAGUGAAAAGAAGGAGCAGGGAGUGGUGAAAGCACUUUGUCACUUAAUAGUAUCUGAGGAUCCCUGCUUUGAGGGAGCAGCUUCCAGGGCACUGAUGGGAGGAGGAGGGGGAGCAUCGCUCUGUACAGAGGGGACAGCUCCAAGUGUUCUGUACUUGACAGGCCCUCCUCUUCCUCCGCUGACGGCUGGAGAGCUUUUGCUGAACUAACAGAAAAGGAGCAAGAAUCUAAAUAAAAAUGCUCUGUUUGUGUACAACCUGGGUUUAGAACUGGAUUUUCACCUGCUGUAAUUUACACACAUCCUGACAGUUCAUGGUCAUCUUUAAUAAACUAAAAUAAAUGUUGCCUUUUAUCUCCUUGC